CUUGAAUGCAUCGCAACUGAUGACGUUGCUAAGCGAAAACAAACAUGGCGUCUGGACAGCAGUGGGUGUUGGUGGAAAUGGUGCAAGCGUUCUAUGAGGCUCCGGCCUACCACCUCAUACUAGAGGGAAUCCUCAUUUUGUGGAUCAUCAGACUUCUGUUUUCCAAAACUUACAGACUUCAUGAAACGUAUAAACUGACAGAAAAGGAGAAAGAGGACUUAAUUGAAGAGUGGCAACCAGACCCUCUUGUUCCUACCUCAUUUCGCGACAAUCCUUCUGUCGUCUACGAUGUUGUUACAGGACCACCAAGCCACAAGAUUGUAAUCAAUGGAAAGGAGUGUAUAAAUUUUGCGUCAUUUAACUUCCUGGGCCUGCUUGACAAUGAACGAGUAAAGCAAAAGGCCCUGGCGUCACUGAAAAAAUAUGGUGUUGGGACAUGUGGACCAAGAGGCUUCUAUGGCACCUUCGAUGUUCACCUGGAGCUAGAGAGCCGCCUGGCGAAGUUCAUGAAGACAGAAGAGGCGAUCAUCUACUCAUAUGGCUUUGCCACCAUCGCUAGCGCCAUACCAGCCUACUCAAAGAGAGGAGACAUCAUAUUUGUGGAUGAGGCAGCCUGUUUUUCCAUCCAGAAAGGCCUCCAAGCAUCCCGUAGCUUCAUCAAAUACUUCAAGCACAAUGACAUGGGCGAUCUGGAGCGCCUGCUGAGAGAACAGGAGGUGGAAGACCAGAAGAACCCUCGUAAAGCUCGAGUGACACGGAAAUUCAUUGUAGUGGAAGGACUUUACAUCAACACUGCUGACAUCUGCCCGCUUCCAGAAUUGCUCAAAUUGAAGUAUAAGUACAAGGUUCGGAUCUUCCUUGAGGAGAGCAUGUCUUUUGGAGUCCUGGGAGAACAUGGCAGAGGGGUUACCGAACACUUUGGGGUCAAUAUAGAUGACAUCGACCUCAUCAGUGCCAAUAUGGAGAAUGCUGUGGCAUCAAUUGGAGGAUUCUGCUGUGGGCGCUCCUUUGUCAUUGACCACCAGCGUCUUUCUGGCCAGGGCUACUGCUUUUCUGCCUCUCUUCCUCCCAUGCUUGCUGCUGCUGCCAUUGAGGCCCUGAACAUCAUGGAGGAAGAUCCAGAAAUUUUCUCGACACUGAGAGGAAAAUGCAGCCAUGUUUUCAAGGCUUUAAAGGGGAUUCCUGGUCUAAAGUUAGUGGGUGAACCAUUCAGUCCAGCAUUUCAUCUUCAAUUGGAGAGAAGCUCUGGCUCAAGGGAGUCUGACAUGCAGCUGCUGCGUUCCAUUGUCAAUUACUGUAUGGAGAGGAAGGUGGCUCUGACCCUGGCUAGAUAUCUGGAGAAAGAGGAGAAGUUUCUUCCUCCACCCAGCAUCAGAGUGGUGGUGACCAUCGAGCAGACAGAGGAGGAGAUCCAGUCUGCUGUGUCCUGUAUCCAAGAGGCAGCAUCAACCCUUCUAAAAUGAUGAUUGUUGGUCAGUGCUGAAGCCGAGCAGACCACAGAGAGAAGUCCAGCCACUGAACACAACUGUGAGGGGACACACUCCAAAACUCUCAUCACACUGUGAGCCUAACUCAUAGAUUAUGUCCAAUAAUACCUGUAUUUUAAAUCACUAUGCCUUCUUUGUUUACUUAGUUGACAAUUGUUGCCUUAAUCCUCGCUCUACAUCGUUACAUCACUUCUUGCGCUUCGUUCUGAAUCUUGAUUCAGCUUCAUCUUCACCAGUAGAGAAAACACAACUGCGGAGUUAUGCAGAUGCAAAUGCCACAAUGUUUCAUCCAAUAUACUGACCAAAGAGAAGACACUGCAUGCUGUUUUACUGCAUUGAGCUGCAGUGAGUCGACUUCAGUCGCGCAUGGGACAUGUGAUUUUGUGUUUUCUUAUACUGACACAGAUUUUUACAAGGUUUUGUUCUUUGUUUUUACAGUGUUGCGUUGUGUGAGAGGUCAAAGCAUUUCUGACAUUUCUAUGAAAUAUAAAGCUGACUUCAGUCAUGGUGUCUUGUGAUCAUUUUUAUUUGCUGUCAACUCGCAAAAAUAAGAACUACAUUUGUUCUAUUGGAGGCAGGCAUUUGGUGAAGAAGUCCAUGAUUCUGUGGGUCAUUAGUAUAUGCACACUCUGUUAGAUUUCUAUGUCUUUUUCUGACUUUUCUCAUGGUUGUCAUUUUUGUGUACCAGAUUUGUGUUUUAUUCAAAUGCAACUUUAAUGUGGCUGUGUUCUCUGUUUUUAAUCCUAUAGUGGUGUUGGGUAAGUCUGUGUUCUUUGGAUUUGUCUAUUUCUUCCGAGCCUUCCGUGUUUGUAUACUUCUGUUUGAGUGUGUUACUUUGGGUUUUUGUGUGCCCUGUGUUGAUGUUUUUUCCACAUAUCCUGUCUCUUGAGGUUCAUCUCAUUCAUAGGUGAGACUCGUACACAGCAUGUACGUAAUUAUUUACCGCUGUGUUUAUCCUUAGAGUGUUGCUUUACAGAUUUUGGAUUUUAAUUGAUGUGCUCAUGAUGCUCUGUGUUGACAAGCCUACAUCACCACAUAGGAAUGUACACAUGUAGACGUUCGUCUGUGCUCCUCGCCCAUGGCUGUUGUUUUUACUUUUCAUUGGUGUCUGGUUCUCUCUCUGUGGGUGCUGUUGACAACAUGACAGUCCUUAAAUCGCAGCAGCGGACAUCUCAUUUCAUUUUGAGGUCAUCAAGUUUAUUCAUUUGCUCUUCGACAGGAAGAGAGAGCUGUUUAACAAUGUGCCCAAAAUUGUUAUAAAAGCUACAACAUAGAGCUAUGGCUCAGA